AUGUCUGCCCAAACAGAUGUCGUUUUUCACCGGCGCAAUAAACCAAUACAGGAGGCCAUCGACUCUCGAAACCUGAAGCAGGCGCUGCAGCUGAUAGAUAAACGGGUGAAAAAGGGCGAGGAUACGCGGUUUUUAAAGGCAUGGAGAGCUCACAUUCUGUAUCUGCAUCCAGAUGAGAUACACGCGCAACAGGGCAUUACUGCUACCCUUAAUUUGUGUCGACUUGAGCCACCGGCCACGGAUUUAGAUACCCUGCAACUGCUGCACUCGACCCUCCGCCAGCUCAAGGGCCAUGAUGACGUCGCCAGGUCUAUCUGGGAAAAGGCAGCAAAGGCGAAGCCGCAGGAACUGGAGAUUCAGUCUCAGUGGUUCUCAAUCUCAUUUGAGGCGGAUGACUGGAAAUCUGCCCAGAAGGCGGCAAUGAGUCUUCAGGUCAAUUUCCCGAAACAGCGCAAAUACUACUUCUGGGCUAUCUUUCUGUGCUAUCUUUUGGCCGUGGACUCGGCCUCGUCGGAUCAAGAACGGAAGCUCUUUGGGACUCUGGCUUAUCGAAUGAUUUCCAAAGCAGCCGAGAGUGUGCCAAGCGAUCCGAAAGAAUUGUUGAGUCCGCCACGCGCCAUCCAGAGCCAAGAAGAGCUCUUCCUUCUCCUAAAGAUUUUCCAAUCACAAGACCGAAACGACGAGAUUCUAAAAAUUCUCGGCAGUGAGAGCCUCGGCUUGAAGUCUCGAAUUGUCCAGAAUGAUUGGUUCUUCGUUAGAGAAAAGAUACUUUGCUUGGGAAGAUCAGAGAAAUGGGCAGAGAGUCUCGACUUUGCGAGGGAUUUUCUGUCUAUGCCCGACGAGGAUGCCAAGGCCCAGACGCUUUUGAAAGAAAGAGAUGAUUGGGAGGUUUGGACUCUCUUGUUGUCAUCGGCCAAGAAAGACAACACUGAAGAAACAACUCAGAAUGUCCUUGAAUUCCUCCAAAACUUUGUCAAACGAUUUCAAAAGUCGCGCAAUGGCCAUCUGGCCCUUCUCGACUUCUCGUCUUGGAGACUACAGACUGGUGCGUUGACGCAGCCGGGAUAUCUUGCUGCUUGCCAGGAGUAUUUUGAUUUCAACCGUGGGAAGUUGUAUUGCUUCGAGGAUGUGCGAAAAUACGCAACACAUCUUGACAAAGAUCACAUCAUCAAGCUGGUCGAGUACGCUUUGGAAAAAGUAAACUCUCAAAAAGACAUGUCAAAUACAGCCCAGCAGAUUACAGUCAUCAACGCAUUUAAACUGGAAUACUGCUUCAGCUUAUUCUCUUCUGAGAACACAUCGACAAAGAAAGUGGAAGACUUUGUGGCCCGCUGUCUGAAGAUCUACCGCGUAACCAAACAGCCCGAGUCAUCAGCGACAACGAUUGAAACUCAGCCAAGAGACGACCUCGGGCUACUUGUCGUCAUGAGCCUCAUCCGCAUGGGCGAUCAUUGGCAGCGCGUCCAGCUCCAAAAGGGCCCUAGCACUGAGCUAAUCCGCGCAGCAGCUCUGCUAGAGCAUUUCCUACAGGACUCGCCGCACAACUAUCAGCUACUCCUUCUCCUCGUCCGAGUGUACCUCCUUCUGGGAGCAGGAUCGAUCGCCAUGAAGACAUUUAGCAGACUAUCUGUGAAACAAGUACAGAACGAAACUGUUUCCCAUAAUCUGUUCACGCGUCUUGCCACUAUCCAUCCUCAAGGGGGCCCCCCUAUUGAAGCCGAAUACAAGGAUUUCAUUCCCGAGGUCGCCCUCAACCAGGCCAUCUUAUUCUAUGGGAGCGCAGAUAGAACAUCUAACAAACAACGCAACAGCGGUAUGAACCUGGGGAGCUACGUCAACGUAGAAGGAACCAUCGAGCUGCAAAAGCGCUUGAAACAGAGUAUCUGCAAAUACAUGUGGGCUCUUGAGGGACGGCGCAUCGACCGGCUUAUUGGCUCAAACAGGAUAGACCGACAUGCCGAUCUCAUCUCGAAUGUUCCCGAACUGUUUGAUCAACGAAAAUUUGAUGCUUUCUUGAACUGCGAGCCACUGGAUCAAUCAACGUUUGAAGAGAAAAUGCGACUGGGACCUCUGCCAAAGCAAACAUGGAUGCGGUUCACGCGUACAAUUGACCGAAUUUUCACAAUUUCCAACCAGCUACUCUUGCAGAAACCAGUCAAAACAGACGUCGAACUUCCAGACCUUGGAGAACUGACUUUAUCUGAUGUGCAAGACAUGACACUAGCCGAGAAACAAAACUCUGGUAUUCACACUGUGUUGCUAAAAGCCGUGCUAUUACUCGCAGAUUCAAAGUCAGUGCCAGGCCAGGAGAUCGACAUGCUGCUCAAACAAGCGGAAGAAUGGCUUGUGCAGACGCUACCAUCUAUUUCGAGCGAGAACACGCUAGACGACAUAACGAUUUCGAUACCUUCUACAAAGCUACGAGUGCCUUCGUGGCUGUUCUUCCAUAGCAAUUACUCGAUUGUUGAGACCGUCAAGGCUCUGUCAUUGCUGUUAUCUGUGGCCAAAUCAAAGAAAUCGCCCAAGGGCGGCGCAAAACCCUCCAGGGAUCUCAUCGAGCGCCUCGUCGAGCUUGUCAACCAGGUUCACGAAGCGAUCAAGACCAAUGCUAAAGCCUUGAGAUCGAAUGUCAUGGGAUCCGGCAUUCUGGGCUCCAUGACCGAUCUGGUCUUCUACAAAGAUUCACAAGACGAGGGCGGCGAGCUUCAAAAAGAGCUCGAGGACAGCUUGGACUCCAGUGCCGUCGAGAUCCUCUGUGGAGAGUUGAUGGAAAGCUGGGAGGAAGCACUUGGAGGCAUCCCCCACCCGCCUAAACCUGUUUUGUCCAUGCGCCCGAAUUGGCGAGCACAUCGAUCGCUCCCGCGUUUGACCUCGUCUGCUUGUCUCGAAGAACUUUUCGACAAAACGAGCAACAACAACCACCCAAGUCCGACCUUUCCUUCCAACACAACCGUCGCAAUGGCUAAGGAACGUUCCGGUAUCAUUGUCGGCUUGAACAAGGGUCACAAAACGACCCCUGUCGAGAGCAAAGCCCGCAUCAGCCGCAGCAAGGGCCGUCUCUCACGCCGCACCGCUUUCGUCCGCGAAAUCGUCAAGGAGGUCGCCGGUCUUGCUCCGUACGAGCGCCGCGUUGUCGAAUUGUUGAGAAACUCGCAAGACAAGCGCGCCCGCAAGCUCGCCAAGAAGAGGCUCGGUACCAUCGGCCGCGCCAAGGCCAAGGUCGACGAGAUGCAAAAGGUCAUCGCCGAAGCCAGACGGGCUGGUCACUAG